AUGAGGCAGUGUAGUUGCCGGCCGUGUGGGUUUAACGACGGGGCUGACGAGACGCAUUUCAAGGCUGAAAUUAGCGAGUGUUCUAUUGAAUUGGGUUUUUCGGCGUCGUUCUUGAGGAGGGUUUGCAGUUGCAGGCAUGGUGAGGGAAUUGUGCAGAGGCAUUUGAAAUUGAUCUGUCGCGAGAGAUUAUGGGGUCUUAAAGCAAGGAUCAUUAGAAGGCAUAAGCAGGGUAAAGACACAGUUUUGCAGGUUAGUGGUUUUCGAAUGACCGACGGACUACAUAUUUCCGUUGGUCUUAAGGCUGGGAGAGACGGGCACGACGACCCUCUCUAA